CUGCCAGCGUCAGGCCAGAAUAGUAGUGUCGUUGCAGCUUCCGUGCAGCUUCCGUGAGAUUUGGAAAAUCGUGCGCGGCGACCUGUUUUGGGAUCGUUUGCUCGAUUGCUCGAUCGCCGUUUCUGCUGCUAAAGUUUGCUAAUACGCGAAACUCUCUCCUUUCCUCCCAAGAAUACAAAUUACAACAACAAAAACAUACACUCCUCGUUCACUGCGUCGCCUUCUAUAGUCGAGUACACCGAACUGUACCACUAAUUCUCUUGUAUGCAUCUGUAAACGCGUUCAAACCACACAGCCAGCGAGCCGCAAUUACAAAGCCUAGCGGAUUAGAUAUAUUAUAAAAAUAGAAACUGAAGUGAAUUUAGAAAGGCGGAUUUGAAUUCCAAUUAUGGCCGAAACGUAUGAGGAGUACGAGGAGACGCACCAUGUCACCAGAAAGUCCGUGACCACCUUCAAGAUCGAGGAAAAGUACCCGCGCCCGUUCUACGUUACCGUGUCCCACCCGUUCCUCUUGCUGUGUGUGUGUGAAUUUUUGUGACUUUUUUUGGUCUGCACUUUGUGACCGGGUCGCGCACGUGAAAAAAAGAGUAGCGCCGUGAUAAUACUUAGGGAAGAACAAGAGAGCAAGAGGGAGAGAGGGGAGAGAGAAAAAAAUAGCAUAUAGCUAAGUGUCAGAACUCAGACCUAUUCGCCCAAAAAUUAGUGCCGAGGAAGGUAAUCUUCCCAAAAAAACUAGCAAAAGCCAAGGAAAACAAAUCGAACAAAGUACGCAAAAGCUCUGCCCGAGGGUGUGUUCUUUUGUUGCAAAAAGUUUGAGAAGACUAGCAAAGCCUUUCCCCCCCACCACCCCCUUCUCCACACCAAACACACACGCGCGCGCCCUCGCCAGUGUGUGUGUGUGUGUGUGUUUGUUUGCCCGUGUGUGCGUGCGUGUGAGUCAACUGCGUUACCUACUUCUUACCCUUUCUCCUUCACUUCUUACUUAGAGCAAAAACAUGACGUCGUCGUCGACCACCACCAAAACCAUCACGACACCGGCCAAACUGUACGGCAAGGAUGUCGGCGCGUACGACGAUAUCGAUGUGGACGAGCUGCUCGCCCAGCUGUCGCCGGAGGAGAUCACCAUGCUCGCCAAGGAGGUCGAUCCGGAUGAUUCGUUUCUGCCGCCCAGCCAGCGUACCAACUACGAGUGUGAUAAGGCACCGACCGGGCCGCUCGAUCGCAAGAAGCUGAUCGACCAUAUUAACAAGCAGGCGCUGGAAACGCCGGACCGCCCGGAGCUGGAACCGUUUGUGCCGGGCGUCGUGCGUGGCAAAAAGUGGAUACCACCACCGCAAGCGGCGAAGCUGCAGGCGGCCGACGAGCAGAUCGCAAUCGAUCUCGGCGACGAGUACGAGCAGGCGCUGUCCGAUGCGACGCAGGAGGAGAUCAUCGAUCUGGCCGCCAUCCUUGGCUUCCACUCGAUGAUGAACCAGGACCAGUAUCACGCCUCGCUGCUCAACAAGGGCCAGCCGGUCGGGCUCGGCUGGGACGGCAUCACCAAGUCGGCCAUACCGAAGAUCUUCCCGGCCGAGGCGCCGAACACGACCGAUCCGGAGGAAACGAUCCAGCGCAUCAAGAGCGACGACAGCAAGCUGGUGGAGGUGAACCUAAACAACAUCAAGACCAUCUCGGACGAGCAGUUCGAUAAGCUGUUCGAGGCGCUCAAGUCGAACACACACCUGGAGGUGCUGUCGCUCACGAACGUUGGGCUGACCGACCGUACCGCGCUAAUGUUGGCUGCCGCGCUCGAACAGAACCACGCCCUGCGGGUGCUGAACGUUGAGACGAACUUCAUCAGCCCGACGGUGAUUGUGACGCUGGUCAAGAGCCUCCUCACGCAGAUGACGAUCGAGGAGUUCCGUGCCUCGAACCAGCGAUCGCAAGUGUUCGGCAACAAGAUCGAGAUGGAGAUUACCGAGCUGGUCGAAAAGAAUACCACCCUGCUGCGGCUGGGUUUGCAUUUGGAGUUCAACGAUGCCCGGCAUCGGGUAGCCGCCCAUCUGCAGCGUAACAUCGACAGAAUUCGAGUCGACAAGCGUGACGGGCGCUCGUCCCGCGGCAGCUACUAUCGGCCGGUUCGCAUCGAGGAGGAGCUCGCCGAAAUGUCGGACGUCGAAGAGGAACCGGAGGAGGAGGAGGAGCCGGAAGUUGAGGUGCCGCCCGCCGACUACGACGUCGAGGAGGAUCCGGACAACGUGGUGAUCCGUCCGCCACCAUCCGACGACGAAGAUAUUAAGAAAAAAUCUCUCACAGCGGCUGCAGUUUAGAUUUUUUCAAAACAUGCAUAGGAAACAAACAACCAUGAUACAGUGAGAGACCACGCGUGCGCGGCCUUUUUUUGCCACACGUUGUCCCGGGCCGAUGCGAUCAUCUCGCUGCGCUCGUCGUCUGACCUCUUCCCCAUUCAUGCAACACUCUUCACGACCUGUUACUACUACUACUAUUAUCAACACCAUCACUUCUACUACUACUACUACUACUACUACUACUACUACUACCUAUUUACUCAGCACAACAGCCACAAAAGAAAAGAUAGGGAAAGGUUUGCUAAAAGCAGCCUUCGUCCCAUCCACUGCAGCUACUGUAAAGGCAGAAAGUUGGUUAAUGAAUCUUGCUAAUGUCGUUAUUGCGCCGAAACCGAACAAACAAUUGCAAUUGCCAAAGCAAACAAACAAACAAACAAUUUACACCUCCCUGCGCUACCCUGCCCUAGUGAGGCAAGCGAAUGAGCAAGAGAGUGAAGCGUACUAGGUAACUUAAUCCAGAGAUAGAAAAAGAGAAAGAGAGAGAAAAAUUCAGCCGUCACUUUUGACAGCUCGGUGUGCCUGUGUGCAUAAAGUGUAUAAAACAAAAAAACGACGAUUGGUCGCGUCCCCUCGCCUUGAUCGUUUGUUGUAAAAGCAGAUAAAUCGAGAGGAGAUUAUCUUGACGGAGCUCGAAGAUCACACUAUAAGAUAGCGAAGAAUGUAAUUUAGAAAGGCAGAAGCAAGGGGAAGGAUUCGUUGUUGGUAGCAUACGAUUUAGCAAGCAUACAUACCUACGGAAAAGAAAUUGUAAGGGUUUCCGAAAGCAAUUCAAUCAUUACUGGUUUUAUUUCUCACUGUUCUUUUCCAAAUUUCAAACACCACAAGCAUCAGUUUUUGGGAGGGGGUAAAUUGUGUGAAAAAUUUGUGUACAUUUGACAUACGAUUCUAAAGUAUAAAUAAUCCCAAGCUCUAUCUAUAUAACUCUGUUUGUUUUGCGGUGGGCAAACCAUUGCUUGAGCUUGUACGUUUCUCUGUUAUUCGAUUAUCUGAGCUAUUUGUCUUAAUUUGCCUCUAAAGUACAUUGUAAUCAUUCUCCUAUAAUCAUUUGUUGACUGUUUGCUAAUCGAAUAAAAGAGUAAGAAGCUGAAAGAGCGAUUAGCACGAAGCAGAAGUAGAUAAAAGAAGAAAUAUAUCAUACUAUAUAAAGAAAUUUAAAAAAAAAAACAACAAAUACACAUUAGCUUCAUCAUAAGGGGAAGAGUAUAAGAACAGGACAAGAAAAGGUCACCGUUAUAUAUUUCGCAUCACCUAAACUGGUAAAGAUAGUUCCUGGCUGAGCAUGCAGAUUUUUGGAUUAUUUUUCCGUUUAAAAGUUUUAAUCUUUACAUUCGGUUUAUGAAAGUUUAUGUUAUGUAACAUUGUGGAAGAAAUUUUAAACAAACCAUUUUACCAUGUAGCGUAAAAAGAACUGUGCCAAGGAGUGAGACAGUCGAUUGCUUUUUUUUUCUUCGUUUUAUAACUUGUUUUUUUUUUUAAUUAUGUAUAGAUAAUUUAGUAGCCGACGCCCUCUGGUGUUUUUGCUCACCAAUGUAUAGUGCUUCAUUGAAUUGUUGUACCAAUAAUACUCAUCUCACACACACUCACAUGCUCGGCUACUACACACAUACGCACAAGGCAAGGAUCGAGUUGGUGUGGCCGAAGUAGAGCGAGUUGUUGAGCGAUAGAUUAAAAAAAAUCAAUCAAAACAAAACAAAACAGUAGCAACGAAACGCCUAGGCUUUUAGUGCUCAACUGACAGCUGUCAGACCCCGGUGUGUGAGUGUUGUAGUAAAGGAAUCGCUUCAUUUCCUGCAGCUCCUGCUCAAACCCCUUCCGCCAACACUGGGCUGUCGACGUUUGACACUGCAGACAGAAACCGGCAAACUUUUUAUAGACAACGUUUGACGCGAACACAUCACACGCGAUCGCGUACAAUUUUGUGGGGUUCGUCUACGUUUUGUACGUUUGUUUUCUUUCCUCCACCUGUGCGCCUGCCUAUUCUUUUGUGCUAAGCGCUCACGCUUACCCCUAUGUAUACAUGUAUGGAUAGCGUUGAAUAUAUUAUGCUGCAUCUAGAGUUGAAAUUCAAUUAAAAGUGAGCAUUAAGCGAGGAACCCACUCGAGCGAGGCGUGUGUAUUGAGGGCGAUCCCAUGUCGGGGUGUUAGGGGUAAUGCUACUCCGUGGUUCGAUUGUUGGUGUGCACUUUCCUCGCGACCCAAACGAUAGAGAGCAAAGUACAGCCGCUGGAGACACGUGUGCAGGAACGGGGAUACAGACUGUGCGCUUCGCAGCGUUUGGAAACAGUGUUCAGUGUUCGCUAAUUAGAAUAUUCGGCAUACGGGAACCUGCGUGUAUCCCUCCAUCUUCCUCCCGCCUCUCUUUCUCUCCCUCUCUCUCUCUCACUCUCUCUUUCGCUAUGCGGCCUCGCUUCUCGGUGUGGUAACUUUUCUUAGUAGACAACGCGGGCAACUCCUUCCUAUUGUCGGAAAUUGUAGAAGACCUUCCCCACAGCAGAUCCGUGUGCGAGGUGCAUCCGGAGCCGGUGCCCGUAAUCCGUAGGAAUGCUGAUUUACACUAUUCGCAGCCGCCAUUGUUACGCCAGGCACGUCUGACCCAGAACAAGUAAGCUCACCGAAGCCCCCGAGGCGACCUCACGCAACCCAGCCAACUAGACCCCCAGAAACAACGCGAGGCAACCUAAGGGACGAGAAUUACCUGCGAGAAUUUACCUACCAACGCUACCUGCGGGCUUUUACUUCGAUUCUAGGCGAUACGGUUUGGCUACGGGGACAUUAGGCUUUCGAGGACUGGGCGCCAAACUUCAGCAACAAAAACAAAAGCAAAACAAAACCUCUCGUCUAUGGGGUCUGUCUGCCACGCCAGUUCGACGGCGCUCAGUGUCCACGAUGAAGAUCCUUCCCCGGGGAGAGUGUCGGUCAGUCUCUGUCAGGGAAAAUAGGGUUCAAUUGCUUUCGUUUGGAUUGAGAGCACACCAACUUUUUAUUUUUCUUUUUUUUAAUUACUACAUAAACGCAUACCCUGGUAGCUCUUGUACGGUGCAACAGACACGAGCGUUACAUCUGCAGCGAUCAAGAAAUAGGGAAUGAACGGGGUAUGGCACAGCAAACUACCAAGGAAUUCAAGGAAUUAUGACGAUGUUUCGUUGAAUAUGGUUUUAAAAUAUGACAAAUUGAGUUGUUUUUAUGGCAAACCGCCGAUCAAACUGACAAAAAAGUAUUAUAUUUUGUAUUCUUCUUUGUAAUUGCAAAUUUGUCUCUUCGCCGUUCAUUUUAAUUCAUUUACUAAUUUUCCUGGCCAACUUGUUCAAUCUUUUAGUACUGGUUUUGUAUCGUAUUGAAUGGUAUCUUUACACAAAAGCUCAUCCACAAACUCAUUGCGGUCCUUUUGUUGUGGAAGCAUUUGCCUCUGUGUCGCUUUGCAUUAGCCUUUAAGAAAGGGGAGGAAGAAGAAAAAACACGCGCACCAACACAUCACAUCAUGUGAGAUUAGAACCAACGGUCCAUCCGGAUGGCUUAGGAUCGCUUUGCUUUCGCUUUGUUUUGGGAUGGCUUGUUUAAAACAGAAACAAAAAAAAAGAAGUAUAAAAUAUCGACGAAAAGUGUUCGAAAUACCGAUUUACAAUCAGUUGCACGGUGGACAGUUUUCGGUGUCGCAUAGAUGGGGAAGAACAUGAGGGAGCACUAGGAAGCAAACCACCGCCCACUCCGCCCUCGAAAAGCCGAAUAAAACGACCCGUUAUUUUUUACCAAAUCUGUUUGCGAGAGUAGUUGGAAAACACGUUGCAAUAAUUAGCGACCCCCGCCACAAUCAUGCACCCGGGGAACUAGAAAUGGCGCGGAUUCUUAUUUUACUAUUAUUUAUACGGUAAGCAAACUGUGUUUCGAUUCGCUUGCGCGAGAAUGAGAGAGGGAAGAGUGGCAAACAGGAUGGGUAUGAAUGGAAGGAAGUUAAAUCCCCGCCCCCUCCCACCUCCUCCCGCCCGUUCUCGCUACCAAUCGUGAAACGUUUUAAAUUAUUCACUAUCGAAUGUUUAUGGUAAAAAGAAGCAAAAUAUAAAAUGUAAGCAAAAACUCCAA